CCAUGUGGGAGCAGUUUCCGAUGGUUGCCCGCCUAUGGACGGCGGAGCUGCAGCGGCCGCCAAGUGGGGUGACUGCCAUGUGUGACCAGCACUACAUGGAAUGGUACAUCCGACACUCGCACCCGAGGUUGAUCAAAGACAUCGACGACGCAGAUGAUGACGAUGUGCCACCUGCCACUGCCUCUUAUGCGUGGAUGGGCAAGAUUAUGCAGUUGGGACACCGACUUUUUGAGGAAAGGGACUGCAUGACGAGUGCAUCAGUCAGAGCUGUUAUUGACGAUCUGGAACGGACCCUUGAGCAGUGGCAGUGGGCGUCACAGAGGGAUUACUGAUAUUUGAAAUUAGACAUUAUCUUUUUAGUUUGUAAUAUUUGAAAUUAUUGUUCUUAGUUUUU